GACAGUAAAGCAGAGUUGAAGAUCACUAGUCCAACAUAGACUCUGAGAACAACAAGGUUAACUUCUGUUAUGAGAAAGGAGCUGGUAGCUGCUUCUGAGAGGGAACAGAUGCCAGCAGAGGCAGAGAGCGCCAAACUCCCCAGCACCUCUUCUGGAAUGUUGACCCGGUCUGGAGAGAAGCAUCACCAUCUGGAGAGGCAGAGGGAGGUGACUAGGGCACUGGUCAUCAAGAGUUCUCCAGAUGGAUUUACACCUGAAAUCCAUUAUCAGGACAACAGGGGAGAGUACCGUUUCCAGUGCCCCCAUGCAGGUCUGUUCCAGUGCAGUAUAACAGGCCUGGUGUUUAGGAUGGAGGGAGAGGCAGAGGUGCUCUACAUGACAGUCCCCUGGGACAGGAUGCUUCUAUCCCAGAGAGGCAAGAGACCUGCAGGACCCCUGUUCAAGUUUACAUGCCUUAAGGGGUCUGUCAGUCAACUACACCUUCCACACUGUGAGAUUCAUUCUGAGGGUGGAUGUGACUUCCUGUCUGUAGCCCAUGUGACUGAUGAUGACAGUAUGGAGUUUCUUCAUCACCAUGAGACAAGAGAAACUCAUGUCAUAUUAAACAUCACUCAAUUCAGCAAAUAUGGCAUCACCAAGGAUAAGGAAGCUCCUGUCUCUCCUAUCCGUGCUCUGGUGCUACUAUUUUACAAACUCCCAGAUGAUAACAAUAAUUCCACCCUAAGUGUGUUGUUGCUGCCCAGAAAUGUUGACAUUGAUGAGGUGUGUAAGACAAGGAGGACAAGGAAUGGAGACCGAGAAAUCUACAUUGAAAUAAAUCCUAACUGUAGACUAACCCGGGACCAAGAAUACACCCUCUCCACCGAUCUAACAGAUGAACAUCACAUGGAUCCAGAGAAUGCAGAGUUUGUGGAUUAUGAUUCCUAUACAAACUACAUGCCAACAUUUCAGUUGCGUUUAAAAACUGUUGUUGAAGAAGUGAAUCUUCUUCUGGAAGAACAUGGCGGUCCUGAAAAUGAACGUAUAUGGGACCGCCUUGUUUCACUACCAGUUACACCUCCAGAUGGCGCUAGAGCAGCAUCCAAACUGCAUGAACCUGCUGCUCCCCUUAUGGACAUUUCCACCCACCCCCCUCAACAGACGUUCACUCUGCCCCCCACCUCACUGAAGCUGGUAGCCGCUUCUGAGAGGAAACAGAAGCCAGCAGGGGCAAAGAGGGCCAAACUCCACAGCACCUCUUCUGGAAUGUUGACCCGGUCUGGAGAGAAGCGUCGCCAUCUGGAAAGGAAGGGGGCUAAGGCACUGGACAUCAGGAUGUUAGCUGUUCUAGACCUGCUGCUGACCGGUCUGGAGGAGCUCACUGAAGAACAGCUGAAGACAUUUCAGUCUCACCUGACUACGGUCCAGCUGCUUGGCUUUCCUCCCAUCCCAGAGAGACAGCUGGAGAACGUUGACAGACAGGUCACAGUGGAUCAGAUGGUGAAGAGAUAUGACCCUGAGGGAGCUGUGGAGAUCACAGUGGAGAUCCUGAGGGAGAUGAAUCAGCAUGAUCUCGCUAAGAAGUUACAAAGAGAUCACAGAGGUAAAACAACAAGCAAUGAAUCUGUUCUUUAAAAGUUCACUUCCUUGUUUAUACAUUGAGUGUGUGAAUAAUCAUCUUUCCUUCACUCUACGAGAACCACAACUUGCUGACAAAGUUGAAAAUGCAAUGUCACCAUGGACAACUGUAGAAAAAAUAGACUGUUAAAAAGUCAUAAUUGUGCAUCUAAAUAAUUUCUGGACAAAACUAUUAUCCCAAUGUACAUUUGUUGACCAGAGAUCUGUUAAAUAAUCCUCAGCCUGUUGACUUUGUAUACUUCUCUUUGUUUUAAAUAGCCUUUACCUGGUCGUAUUCUGGUUAGUUGAGAUACACCGAGUGUACAAAACAUUAUGAACACCUGCUCUUUCCAUGACAUAGACUGACCAGGUGA